AACAUACUGUAAUUGAGAGAACAUAUUGGAAGAAUGUCUAUUAUUGUUGUCAUUUUCUCUGUUUUCAUCUGUCAUAUCUCAAGUACUGACGUUAUGCUUCAAUAUGAGGCGAGUGAAGUCACUGGAGAUCAAAUGCCUGACCAGGUCAAUGUAACUUUUAGCACAGAAACAAAAUCUGUAACCAAACUUAAUCUCAGACGCUCGCGGCAUUUUAACCUCAAUAUUCCUUUGUAUAGUUUGGACACCGACCAGGAAGGAAUUUUCCAUAGACAUAAAGUGAAAACCAGACCCAAAAAGUUAUAACCUCUUUACAGCGGAUGGUAACAAUAAUAAACAAGAUACCUUAGGCCUUGCAUCUAAGAAAGUUGCAGAAGAAAGUAUGGAAAAGGCUGCAAGGGAAGUGAAAGAAAAGGUUGGGAUCAGCAACGAAGAAGGCAUCACUGACUGCGGUGUGAGCGUUGUUGGGACAUGGCAGCGUCGAGGGCACUCGAGCCAUCAUGGCGUUGUUACAGCCAUAUCAAUAGAAACAGCCUCUCAGCAUGUCACGACGGAGAAAACAAUCUCUGCAACGCUUCAGAGAGAUACAUUAUGGGUUCUCCUGAUGCGAAAAAAAAGCCUGGGACAGAGUAUAAUCCAUGGCUGUUCUCUCCCUGCAGUGUCAGUUACUUUACCAGCUUUUUGAAGAAAAAAUUGAGCUCCAGGCUUCCGAAUCUAGACGCUCUAUCACUGAAAUCUGCCAAGCAAUGUUAUGUGCAGAUGUUUUAAGAGGGUUAUGUAUCCCGCAGAUAGCACUCAUUGGAACAUCUUGUGGCGAUGGAAAGGUCUGCAUAAAUGGACAAUGUGUCAGCGACCCAUACGCUCCUCAAAUUGAUGAAAACUGUGCAUUUGGAGACAGACCGAGCUAUUCUUGCAGUUUGUUUAUCAAUGACUUUAUGGGCAACAGUUACUCUACUCUUGGCUAUCGAGCAUGUUGUGACACGUGUAACAAUGCGUCUAGGCCCGUGAAAGGCUGUGAAUACGGAGAUAGAAUCAUCGAUUGUACAAAAGAUCACUGCUUGAAUUCUCAAGUGGAUUGCUGCGGCACGUGUAACUAUGGCACACCCUUUACCCCAACGUACAGCACCAGAAGAAGCUCACCUAAAAGAUUAGCCACGACAGUAAAUCCCCUUGUGCUAUUCACUUCAAUUAAAGAUUGUGAACAAGGAGAUCAAGACUUGAGACCAGAACUGUGCACUAACUUUAGCGUCUGCCUAAUACAGCCAACACAGUGCUGUCACUACUGCUCGUCAUAUUACACGUCUGCAACUACAAGUACCACGACAACGAGACCAUUGAUACCAUCCACUUCACCCAAAACUAAAUGUGAACCGGGAGAUUUAGAUUUGAGACCCGAACAAUGUCUUAGCCCUAGUGUCUGCAAGACACAGCCAUUACAGUGCUGUAACUAUUGCUCGUUUUAUUUCAAAACUGAAUCAAUUACCACACCAACAAUACCAUUUAUUACACCCAUUUCACCAAAACGUAAGAUAUUUAGAAUAUAUUUGUAAUCAAUUCGACACCUAAACACUUAGACGACUUAGAUCUAGAGCUAGGCCUAGUUGAAGUAGUCCUGAACAUGACAUCUGUACUCGGCAUUUGUAACCGUGUUUGUAUUCAUAUCGAUACAGCGCUGGUGGCGACUUGGGUAGAGUUAAUGGUGUGUGUACAACUAGCACAAGUAACAGAGGCCAGCGCUAGGUGAAUCAGGGCCGACCUUAUGAGAUUGGAAGUCAUAGGCGAAGUGAAUUUUGGUGAAAUAUAAAAUUUAUGCCAAGUGAAAAUAUAAAUAUAUAUAAGACUGAAACAAAGAAAUUACGCAUUUUAAAUUAUUAAAAAACUUACCUGUAUGAUGUAGAGCUUAGAGCUAGACCAGUAGACAGUGAGCUAUAGACUUAAAUUCUGUUUGAGAUUUGAUCUGGAUGAUGUAGAGCUUAGAGCUAGACCUGUAGACAUUGAGCUAUAGACUUUUGUUUGAGAUUUGAUCUGGAUGAUUUAGAGCUAGACCAGUAGACAUUGAGCUAUAGAAUUCUGUUAGUUUGAGAUUUGAUCUGUAUGAUGUACAGCUUAGAGCUAGACCAGUAGACAUUGAGCUAUAGACUUCUGUUUGAGAUUUGAUCUGGAUGAUGUAGAGCUUAGAGCUAGACCAGUAGACAUUGAGCUAUAGACUUCUGAUAGUUUGAGAUUUGAUCUGUAUGAUCUAGAGCUUAGAGCUAGACCAGUAGACAUUGAGCUAUAGACUUCUGAUAGUUUGAGAUUUGAUCUGUAUGAUCUAGAGCUUAAAGCUAGACCAGUAGACAUUGAGCUUGUUAGACACCUUAUUUAUAUAGGUUAGUUAUUUAGCAACGCACCAUAGAAGACGCAUAUUGAACGGGACUAGUGACGUUUGGGAUAUGUUGGGUUAGAGACCGGAAAAUCAGUUAGCGAUAGAAUAUUCCAGGGUAACGACGUGUUUAGUGACAGGGACUUCUACUGUGGCCUUUUUAUCAGAAUAAACCUAUGUUGAAUAGUUCAUCAGAGUUGACUACAUCUCUUCACUUGUUAAAACAGGUGUUGUUUUAUUCUAUAUGUAUUGUUGUUCAACUACACGGAAUACACCCGAACAUCUAUACUCAAACGCUUGCAGAGUAAUUUGGUUGAAAUCCAACAGUCAUCCAUAGUUGACUUCAAGACAGCCUGAAUAAGCAACAUCACAGUGGCGACCCCCGACGCUCGAAGCCGAACCUCGAAGCCGAACAUCGAACCGGACCUCGAAGCUGAACGUUUACUCAGGUGAGGGUCGUGCACUCGAAGUUAUAAAGUUUCAUCGGAGUACGGCUGAACACAGAAUCAUCGCAGAGUGACUUUGUUCUAGAUCUACAUGCAGUCGUCACCUGUUUGAUCGCACGUUCAACGAGCCGUUAACUCAGGGUGACCUUCGUCAGGACAGUAAUCAUCGCAACGCCUGAUCUUCAUAUGCUGAAUCGACCUACAACCAGAGAAACCGUUCAUUCAUAACGGGUGAGAGAUCGUUAGUGAACCUGUUGGACAUAUUUUUUCUUCGUCAUAGGAGCCACAUCGAGUAUCAAGUUUUACCUCGUCAGUUUCGAGAAGGACAGUUUGCCCGCUGUCAGAAGUAUUGUGAGUACUACAAGUUUGGUAGCUAACUAAAUCGAAAUCGCUCUGUCGUCGUACCCUUUGAGAGAUUCUUGUGGAGCAGUUUGCUCAUUGAACCGGUUGCUUGCCACUUUUAUAACGGUCACUGUGUUUAACCUUUGGAAGGUUAGUAAAAUCGUAUUUUUCGUUGCUGGACAUUGAUAUAUUUAGUAUUCGUUGGUCUAGACGAUAUCUAGACGUGCUGAUAUUGAAGUUGUGGAAACAGCUACAUCCACUUAAUUCGUUGAAAACGGUUAAUCGUGUAACGGAACGUCGUCGGAGGUGACCUUGGUCUCACCUAGUCUACAUUGGACAGUUUGGUCUAGUGAAGCAACGUACAACAGCAAACUUCGUCGUACUACCAGAGUAGCAGCAGAAGCAGUGAACUAUUUUAGAGAACCGUUAUUCGUCAGCCCAGAUCAAGUCAUCGUCAAGAAAGCCGUUAUUCGUCAACCCAGAUCAAGUCAUCGUCAAGAAAUUCGUUAUUCGGCAGUCGUCCAGAUCAAGUUGCCGUCAAGAGACUGUUAUUUGUCAGUAGUCACCUACACAAAUCAAGUCAUCGCCAGAAGAACCGUUAACCUAUUCGUCAGUAACUGUGUACACAAAGUCGUCGGAACUACACAUACGGUCAUCAACAGUCGCCGAAGGAACUGAAACAUUUUGCUGUGGCAUAUCAGGACAUCUGUGGCAUUACAUGGGAUACUCGACACGGAUUGUAUCCACUGGUAGCACCGGAGAACAGAGUCAGAACUGGAAGAGAGGCAGUGGAAUUUGUUGUGAUCUAGCAUAUUCGGGAGUCCGAACAAAGGGAUCUUUCUUAUCAAAAGCUAAGUGCCAUUUUUCUUAUUAGUAUAUGUUUAGAUUGCCCUUAGAAAUAGAUUUUGUCUAAAUUUGGUAUGUUAGCCUGAGUAAAAUUCAGGUGGUGCUGAAGCCUUAAACCCGUUCGGGGUAAAGACAUAAUUUAGAUGAAAAGCUAUAUUAUACGUUUAGGGUUGUAAUUUGUUUUGUUUGUGUAAACGUCAUAUCCGUUGUUGCCUAGUUACUUCGUGACGUUAUCAUUGUGUGCCAUAUUGUCAUAUCCCAACCCAUAGCGAUAGUCUCAUUUAAUUAUUUCAUUUGUUUAUAUUAUUUUAAAUUAUUUAUUUUUAUUAAUUUAAUUAGAUCUGUAAUUUUUUUUCACUCAAUGAUAGAAAGUGCGGGUAGGAUUCUUUUACUGUGAAUCAGACUAAAAUAAUUUUAGUUUGAGCGGUUAAAAUCAAAUAUGAUUUUGCCAUGAGAAUAAUGCCGAAACUGGCUAUGUAGUCAAACACUGUCGUCUGGCUAAAUAUAGAUCUACAAAUUUUGUACAUCUCUUUGGUACAUUUGAUUAUCUAGACUCGAAUUUGGAAUAUUAUCAUUAAUUGAAAGAUGAAUGAAGAUUACUGCCAGUGAAGAACAUUUGUGAUGUAUGACAUGCCCAUAAGAUGCCACAUUUUCCUCCAUGAUGAACUGUGUACUAAUGAAGAUGAUUCUGGAAUGUUAUGAACAUUGACAUUGAAUAUAAGGAACUGUCAAGUCAAGAUGAAGAUGUCAAGAUUUUAUGUUUGUUGUCUUCCCCUUAAAUUGAAAAUGCCCUUGUAAGACUUGACAGUAGUGGAAAAAUAUUGACAUAUUUUUUUUUCAAGGGGGGGAGGAAUCUGUUAGACACCUUAUUUAUAUAGGUUAGUUAUUUAGCAACGCACCAUAGAAGACGCAUAUUGAACGGGACUAGUGACGUUUGGGAUAUGUUGGGUUAGAGACCGAAAAAUCAGUUAGCGAUAGAAUAUUCCAGGGUAACGACGUGUUUAGUGACAGGGACUUCUACUGUGGCCUUUUUAUCAGAAUAAACCUAUGUUGAAUAGUU